CACGGUCACCUAGGGCUUCGCAGGACCCGGUCACUCAGUGACAGAUGGACAAUGCAAGAAUGAGCUCCUUUCUGGAAUACCCCAUCCUUGGCAGUGGCGAUUCCGGGACCUGCUCAGCGCGAGCCUACCCCUCUGAUCAUGGGAUUACAACUUUCCAAUCCUGCGCAGUCAGUGCCAACAGCUGCGGCGGCGACGACCGCUUCCUAGUGGGCCGGGGGGUGCAGAUCAGCUCGCCCCACCACCACCACCACCACCACCACCACCACCAUCACCACCCUCAGCCGACCACUUACCAGACUUCUGGGAACCUGGGGGUGUCCUACUCCCACUCGAGUUGUGGUCCAAGCUACGGGGCGCAAAACUUCGGAGCGCCUUACAGCCCCUACGGGUUAAAUCAGGAAGCAGACAUAAACGGUGGGUACCCCUCGUGCGCUCCUGCUGUUUACUCUGGAAACCUCUCAUCUCCCAUGGUCCAGCAUCACCACCACCACCAGGGUUAUGCUGGGGGCGCAGUGGGCUCGCCUCAAUAUAUUCACCACUCAUAUGGACAAGAGCACCAAAGCCUGGCCCUGGCUACGUAUAAUAACUCCUUGUCCCCUCUCCACGCCAGCCACCAAGAAGCCUGUCGUUCCCCUACGUCGGAAACGUCUUCUUCAGCUCAGACCUUUGACUGGAUGAAAGUCAAAAGAAACCCUCCCAAAACAGGGAAAGUUGGAGAGUACGGCUACGUAGGCCAGCCCAACGCAGUGCGCACCAACUUCACCACCAAGCAGCUUACAGAGCUGGAGAAAGAGUUCCAUUUCAACAAGUACUUGACCCGGGCCCGCAGGGUGGAGAUCGCUGCGUCCCUACAGCUCAAUGAGACCCAGGUGAAGAUCUGGUUCCAGAACCGCCGAAUGAAGCAGAAGAAACGUGAGAAGGAAGGGCUCUUGCCCAUCUCUCCGGCCACCCCACCGGGAAGCGACGAAAAGGCUGAGGAAUCUUCGGAAAAGUCCAGCUCCUCACCCUGCGUUCCUUCUCCGGGGUCUUCUACCUCAGACACUCUGCCUACCCCCCACUGAGGCCGCCUGUUCCCCAGACACCGCAGUCUUGGGCAGGCUUUUCUUACCCAAAGCACAUUCUUAGAGCUUAUCUUCCUUUCCACUUUCAAGCUCCUCUCUC